CCAUGGCGGCUGUGCAAACCCCGUCCAUACACAGACGCUGUUGAAAUACCACGUUACAAUUAAUGUACAUAGGUAGCAUAGUCAUAUAUUGUAUCAAUGUAAGGGUAGGAUGAAGAAAGUAGUGUUGGUAACCGGUGCAAACAGUGGUAUUGGCCUUGCUCUGUGUGAGCGUCUGUUAAGCCAGGAUGCCCAGCUGCAGCUCUGUCUGGCCUGCAGGAACAUGCAGAGAGCCGAGGCCGCCCGACAGGCUCUUCUAGUGUCUCACCCUCAAGCUCAGGUUACUCUGCUGCACUUAGAUGUGGGCAACAUGCGCUCUGUGCUCAGGGCUGCUGAGGAGUUCAAGCAGAAGUACAACAGAUUGGACCAUCUGUAUCUCAAUGCUGGUAUCAUGCCUAAUCCCAGGGUAGAUCACAAAGCCUUUUAUAAAGGCCUGUUUUCUAGUAAUGUGGUUCGCAUGUUUGCCACGGGGGAGGGUCUUCUGACCCAGGAAGAUAAGGUCACUCCCAAUGGUUUGCAGGAGGUGUUUGCCACUAAUAUUUUUGGUCAUUUCCUUCUGGUGAGAGAACUGGAGCCAUUAUUGUGUCAGAUGGACCACAAUUCUCUAGUGAUCUGGACAUCCUCCAGUAAUGCCCAGCGAUCAGCUUUUAGUCUAGAUGACAUACAGCAUCAGAAAGGCCGUGAGCCCUACAGCUCCUCGAAGUAUGCAUCUGAUCUACUUAGUUUAGCCCUAAACCGUCACUACAACAAUCGUGGUUUGUACUCAUCAGUGAUCUGUCCUGGUCUGGUCAUGACUAACCUCACCUAUGGCAUUCUACCAUCAUUCUUCUGGACUAUCAUCAUGCCAAUAAUGUGGCUUAUAAGGAUUUUUACCAACACUUUUACCCUCUCACCUAACAAUGGAGCAGAGGCUUUGUUUUGGCUGUUCAUGCAGAAACCUGAGUCACUGGACCCAAUGGCCAAAUACCACAGCUUGACCUCUGGGCUUGGAAACAAUUACACCCAACCGCACAAGAUGGAUAUUGAUGAAAACGUGUCAGAGGCCCUCUAUGUGAAGCUAUUAGAACUUGAGGAUACAGUGCGGAAGAAACUGAGAGACGAGGAUAUAGAUAUCAAAGCAAAAAACUAAAUAUGGACAAAACCUCAUGCAUUCUAUCGCUUUAUAACACAUUUCCAUCUUGAAAUAUUAUUUAAGGAAUGGAUAAACACCUCAUGAAUAUUCAUUUUUCUUAAAGACCUUUAGAAACAUUUAAUAUAAAAUUAUUAUGAUUAUCUAGCAUCUCACGUACUUCACUUAUGUAUUUAUAAAAAAAUUACUUUUAUGCAAUGGGCAGACACUUUUAUCCUAAAUUGACUUACAUUGUAUUUAAGGUGCACAUCAGUUAUUGCUUUCCUUGGCAAUCAAAUAUUACCAUCAUCUCAUACUUAGAAGUAUUGUGCAAUUUAUACUGGUUUUGUGCAGUGCAUUCCAAGUUGAAUGGUUUUUACCAUUGUAGUCACUCUCUCGUUGAUGAAAAUGGGACCUCAAAUCUGUCAUGUAUUUUUAGCUGAUUUUAAUGUCCAUUUUAUUGUGCCCCCAAACCAAGAUGUUCUGAUGAAUACAAAAAGAAAAAACUAGAA